UGUAUUACCAAUAGCACAUAUCCUUCCUUCCCUGGCUGUAGCAGAAGAAAGCAUAUAAAAGAAGUGGGCAUCAAUUUCUCCCAUCAUUCGGCGGUUUCGUGCUUUUCGUGCAAAAUAAUUCCCAGGGGAUUCCGGAGAAAUGGGCGCUUUUAAGCUAAUGGUCUUGUUGUUUGUGUUGGCCGUGGGAUCAACGGCCAAGGUGGUGUACCAGGAGGAAGACGCGAACGCUCUUCAGUACGAAACUCCCCAGCACCACCACCAGCAAGAAGAGCACGAGGAGGACCACAUCAUCGAUUACUACGCUCCCCCCAAGUACACGUUCAAGUACGGCGUGAGCGACUACCACACGGGGGAUAUCAAGAGUCAGCAGGAGAGCCGAGACGGUGAUGUGGUCAAGGGGCAGUACUCCGUGGUGGAACCGGAUGGGUCUGUGAGGACAGUGGAGUACACUGCGGAUAAGCACAGUGGGUUCAAUGCUGUGGUGCAUAAAACGGCCCCACAGCACCAGCAGCAGCACUACCAGGAGGAGGAGGAGGCGCCCCAGGAGCAUUACUGAGUUUUUUUAUGUUUGGAUUUUUUUAUUUAUUGUUUUUUGUUAAAAUUUUAUACAUUGUUCGAUAAAAUAAAUGUUUUUUUACACAA